AACUCCCUUUAUUCCCUUUGUUAUUUGAUACUGAAGAUGGUUGUAACAGUAUCGCUGAUACCUACAAACCCGAAGAUUAUUUUAAUUGUUCGAAUAUACAUGAAACUCAAUGGAAAACUGAUGUAGGAGAAUCACGACACCUGAAAGUUGAGGAACAACCUUAUUUUAAUGAUACAAAACUCUCUUUAUUCUCAUUAUUUGAUAUUGAGAAUGAUUAUAGUAGUAUCAUUGAUACCUAUGAAUCAAAAGAUAAAUUUAACCAGUUAGAAACUUAUAAUGAAAGAUUACAAGCAACAGACAUAGAAUUACCUUGCUUAAAUGAACCACCAAAUGUUAAGGAAAAUAGUGAUGAUGAAAAUACUGAGGAAUCGGGGCCUUUAUAUCUAGUUGCACAGAAAAUAGACUUUAAGAGUUGGAAAGAACUCACUAAUGAAAUAAAUAAAAAAGAUGAACUUCUCCAAUGA